AUGCCUGCACCACGUCAGAUCGGCCGUCUUGGCCGGUCCCUGGGCGCAUCCGUCCUUGCAUCCCGCACUCCCGCUGUGUCCGUUCGAGGUUCGUGGACUCGCACGUCAUGCAGUCCGACCGUGAGGUGGACCAGCUCUGCCACCGACACAACUACAGCAAGGCCCUUUGUGAGGCUACCAAAGCUGUUCCCGACCCACGAGAACUUCGCCAACCGGCACAUCGGCCCAGACGAUGACAGCACUCAACAGAUGCUCAAAGCCCUUUCACCUCCUGUGGAGUCUGUGGAAAAGUUUGUCCAGCAGGUGAUUCCCGCCGACAUCCUUUCCUCGCGCGAACUCUUCCCACAGCGCCGGAAGGCUUUCGAUUCGGCGGCUAGCCAGGCGACGAAAGAGGGCCAUCAGGAAUGGGAAGUGCUCGCACUUGGGCGGGCCGCCGCGGAGAGCAACGAGUCGAGCCGGAAGAACUUCAUCGGUGCCGGAUAUUAUGGCACGAUCACCCCGGAGGUCAUUAAGCGCAAUGUGCUUGAGAGCCCCGCAUGGUACACCAGCUAUACCCCCUACCAGCCUGAGAUUAGCCAAGGCCGUUUGGAGUCACUCCUUAACUUCCAGACUUUGGUCUCGGACCUGACCGGGCUCCCGAUGUCUAACGCCAGUCUCCUGGACGAGGGUACCGCCGCCGCCGAAGCGAUGACGGUGUCACUAAAUGCACUCCCCAGUUCUCGCGCCAAGCGUCCUGGCAGGACAUAUGCCGUUGACAAGAACGUGCACCCUCAGACAAUCAACGUUCUACGGAGCCGCGCUGAAGGGUUCGGGAUCAACGUUCGGAUCAUGGACCUGUCGGCUUCGGAUUUCUCGGAGCUUGAGAGCUUGGGUCAGGAUUUAGUUGGUGCCCUGGUUCAGUACCCCAACACAUACGGCCAGGUCCGCGACUUUAAAGGGCUAGCCGAUGCUGUCCACAAGCAAGGAGCCCUCCUCAGCGCGGCGACGGACUUGCUGGCCCUCACCGUGCUCACUCCCCCUGGCGAGUGGGGGGCUGAUAUUGCGUUUGGCAACUCUCAGCGCUUUGGUGUUCCUCUUGGAUUUGGUGGCCCCCACGCCGCCUUCUUUGCCAUCACGGAGAAGCACAAGCGCAAGAUGCCUGGUCGUUUGAUUGGUGUUUCUAAGGACAGGCUCGGAGGCCGGGCUCUCCGGCUUUCGCUUCAGACCCGAGAGCAGCACAUCAGGAGAGAAAAGGCCACCAGCAACGUUUGCACUGCUCAGGCUUUGCUUGCCAACAUCAGCGCUCUCUAUGCUGUGUACCAUGGUCCCAGUGGCCUGAAGCAAAUUGCCGAGCGGUGCAGCUUGGGUGCGCGGGUCGUUCAAUCUGCUGCCCGCCACUUCGGGCUCGACGCCGGCUCCGAGUCUGUCGCGUUUGACACGGUUGUUAUUUCUAGCCCAGGCGAGGCCCAGACCAUCAAGAGUUUGGCAAAGGAUGAGGGCAUCAACAUCCGCCAGGACGGGGCAGACCGCGUGGUCAUCAGCAUCGACGAGACGGUCGAGGAGCGCGACCUCCUCGCCCUGAUCAAGGUGUUUUCCCAGGUCGGCAGUGGCAACGGCUCGGCAGACGCGCUGGCCGACUAUGCCCCGCUGCUUAAGCAGUUCCUCGAAGAGUCCCAGCCGACAGCUACCGCCCUCGACCACAUCCCAGAGGCCCUGCGCAGGACGUCUGCCUACCUCACUCACCCGGUAUUCAACACCCACCACUCUGAAACCGAGCUCCUGCGUUACAUCCACCAUCUCCAGUCCAAGGACUUGUCUCUCGUACACUCAAUGAUUCCCCUUGGAUCUUGCACCAUGAAGCUCAACGCCAGCACCGAGAUGGCGCUGAUCACGCUCCCGGGUUUCUCCAACGUCCACCCCGCAGCCCCUGCUGAGGAUAUCAAAGGCUACCAGAGUAUCAUCGAUGCGCUUGAGGAUCAGCUGAAGGAGAUCACUGCCAUGGAUGGGGUGUCUCUUCAGCCAAACUCUGGUGCUCAGGGUGAGUUUGCCGGUCUGCGUGCCAUUCGCAAGUACCAUGAGAGCCGCGGAGAGACGAAGCGUGAUCUCUGCAUCAUCCCGGUCUCCGCUCACGGUACCAACCCAGCGUCGGCCGCGAUGGCGGGCAUGCGUGUGCUGCCGGUCAAGUGUGACACCAAGACGGGCAACUUGGAUUUGGCGGACCUUGAGGCCAAGUGCGCGCAGCACUCGAGCCAGAUCGGCGCCAUCAUGAUCACGUACCCGAGCACGUUUGGCGUGUUUGAGCCGCAGAUCAAGAAGGUGUGCGAGAUUGUGCACUCCCACGGGGGGCAAGUGUACAUGGACGGCGCCAACAUGAACGCGCAGAUCGGGCUUUGCUCGCCAGGCGAGAUCGGGGCGGAUGUGUGCCACUUGAACCUGCACAAGACCUUCUGUAUCCCCCACGGUGGCGGCGGGCCCGGUGUUGGUCCCAUCUGUGUCAAGGAGCACCUGAUCCAGCAUCUCCCGACCAAGAACGUAACCAAUGUCGAGGACCCGAACCACCCGGUUAGCAGCGCGCCGUACGGCAGCUCCAGCAUUCUGCCCAUCAGCUGGGCGUACAACGCAAUGAUGGGCGGAGAAGGACUCACCAAGGCAACGACCGUCACGCUACUCAACGCCAAUUACCUGCUCAGCAAGCUCAAGCCUCACUACUCGAUCCUGUACACCAAUGAGCACGGCCGGUGCGCUCACGAGUUCAUUCUCGACGUGCGGCCUUUCCAGGAGAGUGCCGGUGUCGAGGCCAUCGACAUUGCCAAGCGGCUGCAGGAUUACGGCUUCCACGCCCCGACCAUGAGCUGGCCGGUGGCCAACACGCUCAUGAUCGAGCCAACCGAGUCCGAAUCCAAGGAGGAGCUCGAUCGCUUUGUCGAGGCACUGGUCAGCAUCCGUGAGGAAAUCCGUGAAGUCGAGGAGGGCAAGGCCCCGCGCACGGGUAACGUGCUGAAGCUGGCGCCGCACCCGAUGGCGGAUAUCGUUGCGGGCGACGGUGAGGCGGGUGGCAAGUGGGACCGGCCGUACUCGCGGGAGAAGGCUGCGUACCCGGUGGCUUGGUUGAAGGAAAAGAAGUUCUGGCCCAGCGUGGCCCGGGUUGAUGAUACAUACGGUGAUCUCAACCUGUUCUGCACUUGCCCUCCUGUUGAGGACACCACUGGUGAGGCUUAG